AUGAACAGCCUCGCAACGCCCCAAGAUUCGAUCAUGAACCAAAGAAAAGUGAAUGGCCUCUUCUGGACCAACUGCAAAGCCUGCCGCAAUAUCCACGCUGCUGCACGCCGCAAGAAGAGAGCAGCCGGUGACUACGUAGCAUUCGCAAUCCUUGGUGGAGGUAUCAGUAAGAAACGCAAGGUUGCUACUCCGCAAAAGGAACCCACGCCUCCACAGGACCCCGACUGCUCGAUCUGCGCCGAUACGUUCAAGAUUCAAGACUUGGUUAGUCUGUGCGGAUGCAGCCAUGAGCCUGAAGUCUGUCAAGAAUGCUUCCUCGGCUGGCUGACGCAAGAGAUGGACAGCACAGCUUGGGACCGCAUCGCGUGUCCUUCAAGCGUGUGCGAGAAGAUGAUUAGCCACGAGGAUGUGCGGGCGAAUGCACCUGCCGACAUCUUCAACCGAUUCGACGAACUCUCCAUGCGCAGCUUUCUCAGUGCCGACGCUCAGUUCCGCUACUGUCUCUCGCCGUCCUGCAAUUCCGGUCAAGUUCAUAACAGCGGCGCCGAGGGAUACAUCUUUCGCUGCGUAGCUUGUGGCUUCCGCGCAUGCACUAUUCAUGAUGCAGCGUUCCAUGAGGGCGAGACGUGUGGUCAGUUUGACGAGCGCAUCAAGCGUGAAGAAGAGAGACAAGCCGAGGAAGAUAGACAGGCAGAGGAAGAGAGGGUCGCCAGGGAACUGAGGAAGCAGCAGGAGGCUCAGAGUGAGGAAGAAGUUAAGAGAUGCGCGAUGGUCUGUCCUGGAUGUCAGACACCAAUCCAGAAGAUUAGUGGAUGCGAUCAUAUGACUUGUCGCAAGUGCAGAUUCGAGUUCUGCUACAUUUGUCGCGCACCGUACAAUGGCCCAGGAGGUAUUCAUCGCAUCGGGAACUCUGCGCAUGUAGCGGGAUGCCGAUACUCCCCCAACAGACUGCCGAACUAUGAAGGACAUCUCCGAGAUGAGGUUUAG